CACAUGUAAAUUUACAGAGAGAAGAGAAGAGAAGAGAAGAUCGGAGAUUGGAGAUUGGCAACUGGUUGAUUGAGUAAUGGCCUUCUCCUUGGGAGCAUUUGCUGCCGCGCCUCCCAUUAUGUGCAAGGCGGCGACCGGAAACAAUGGCGGCAACUCCCAUUCGCUUGACGCCUCCUACAUCCGACGCGCCGCCCUCGUCGCCGACAGUUCCGCCGGCUUCUCCUCUCCCCAUCCCAACUACGGCUGUGUCAUCGUCUCCCCCUCCGGCAGUGUUGCCGCCGAGUCCUACCUCUACGCCCAGGGCACCAAGCCCGCCGAGCUCCAGGCCGUCGAGGCCGCCGGUCCUCUCUGCAAUGGUGCCACCGCGUACCUGAACAUGGAGCCCGGCGACUGCCCCGGUGACCGCACGGCCGUCUCUGCUCUCGUUCAGGCAGGAAUUGCUAGAGUCGUUGUUGGGAUCAGGCAUCCUUUGCAACAUCUUAGAGGCAAUGCCAUUCGAACAUUGAGAAAUGAAAAAGUGACGGUUGAUGUUCUUGGCGAGGACCUAAAAAGUGAAACAAUUGAGGAAGCUUUGAAUUCCUGCCUAUUGGUCAAUGCUCCUUUGCUCUACAGAGCUGCCUGUCGAGUUCCGUUCUCUGUUCUCAAGUAUGCAAUGACACUUGACGGAAAAAUUGCAGCCAGUAGUGGACAUGCUUCAUGGAUAAGCAGCAAAAAGUCAAGAAGCCAUGUUUUUGAAUUACGAGGGAGAAGUGAUGCUAUUAUUGUUGGGGGAAAUACGGUGCGCAGCGAUAAUCCACAGUUAACUGCGAGACAUGGAGGUGGCCAUAUGCCCAUGCGGAUUGUUAUGUCACAAACACUUGAUCUUCCUGAGGUAGCAAAUCUUUGGGAUAUUGCUGAUGCGCCCACCAUUGUUGCAACACAAAGAGGUGCUAGAAAGAGUUUUCAGAAAUUUCUUGCAUCUAAAGGUGUUGAAAUAGUGGAGUUUGACAUCUUAAAUCCCAAAGUUGUCAUGGAAUAUUUACAUGACCGUGGUUACCUUUCAAUUUUAUGGGAGUGUGGAGGGACAUUAGCUGCAUCUGCUAUAUCAUCAGGGAUUAUACACAAGGUUUAUGCAUUUAUUGCUCCUAAAAUUAUUGGUGGGAAGAAUGCACCAUCACCAGUUGGUGAACUUGGGAUGGUUGAGAUGUCACAAGCUUUGCAAUUACUUGAUGUUUCCUAUGAGCAGAUUGGACCUGACAUGCUUGUAAGUGGAUUUCUUCAGCCUGUUCCAGACCUAACACCUUGUAUUCCAUCACUGGAGGAAAUUUCUGCUAUUGAUCCUACAGUUGCUCCUUAUGAAUCAAGCAUCAUAUUCUUUUAUAAGACAUGGGAUCCUUAUGGAGCCUUUUCAAACUUCUCACCUCAUGCAAUACAAAUGGCUGAUGAAAGUGUUAACUAUCUCUCUUGGCCAACUGUGGAGCACUAUUAUCAAGCACACAAAUUUUUUGGGGUGAAUGAUCCUCUAGCCAGAAAAUGUUUUGAAGAUAUAAGAUCUGCAAAAAGUCCUGAGGAAGCAGCACGAAUGGGAAGGAAAAUGCAGAAGCAGCACCCUAAUCUGGUGAGAUCUGAUUGGGAAUCUGUCAAGAUCGAUGUCAUGUACGGGGCCUUGAAAUGUAAGUUUUCAAUAUACCCCCACUUAAACUCUAUGCUGCUAUCGACUGCGGGGUCUGUUCUGGUUGAAGCCUCGCCGCAUGAUCUGUUCUGGGGUGGAGGUCAGGAGGGAGAAGGCCUGAACUAUCUAGGGAGGUUGCUGAUGCAGAUAAGAUCUGAGUUUCUAGGCGACUCUACAACAAAUACGACCAAAAGAGAGAGUGAAAUUUUGUAGAAUUUUUCCAAUUGUGACUAUCUAUAGACUAAUAUAUAAAGAGUAAUCCAUUUAUGGACAAUCUCUUGGCGAAAUUAUGAUGUACAAUUUACUUUACUUUUUUUUUAUUUCCUGUAAGUAUACAAUUUACUUUUCUUGUACCUUUGCUUCAGUGAUGAUAGGUAAACUUAUGUGGCUAAAGUCU